AAAAUCAUAAUAGAGAAAGAAAACAAAGGAUAAGUAUAAAGCUGACAGUCUAGUCCAUUUGUUUGGAAAAAUUAAAAUUAGCUGUUUUUCCUACUCAGACCCAUCUCCUCGCUUGCAGUUUUCUUCUCCCAAUCCUUCUUCUUACACUCCAACACUCGCCGUCGCCCGAGAUUUCUCUCCGACAUGAAGCUCCCCGAUCUCGGCGGAAAUGGUGGAGGAAUCGUGAACCAGGCACGGAUGAUCGCCGUGUCGUUGGCCGGUGUUGUGGCCGCUGCUGGAACACAUUAUCACUGGGGCUGGAAGUCAAGGUCUUCUUCGCCUAGCUUCAUUGAGGAUCAAAAAAUCGUACCGGUCAUGGGACGGACAGAAUCCGGCCGUGCCGCCACCUUUGAGGCGUUCCCCGACUAUGUUGCAAGGCAAUUGGGAUUUAAGGAUGCGGGAGAGUGUCCAAAGUUGGGGAAGCUGAUAAAUGAUUAUUUGAAGAAGAAGAAAGGCUGUGAAGAAUGGAUAUAUGACUAUUUGGUUGAUCGUGAAAAGGAUAAUGCAGAUUCAUUAUAUGUGAAGCUCAUUCAAGAGUUGGAGACUUGUAUUUUGACCUAUUUUGCUUUUCAUUGGGAUAAAGCUCCUCAAAUGGUUUCUCAGGCGUUGACGGAUGAAUCGGAGCACAAAACUAAGCUCAAAAGCUUUAUUAUGGCCGCCACAAGGAAACGGAGGUUCGAAAGGGUAACGAAGGACUUGAAAGUGACGAGGGUUAUAUCGACUCUAGUGGAAGAAAUAAAAGCAAUCGGCGGCAGCAGCAACGGAGUGGAAGCUGACUCUAAAUGCACCGACGUUAUGGCGCCGGUGGCCCUCAACAAGAGGAGCCCCGUUCUCCUUCUCAUGGGCGGCGGAAUGGGAGCCGGCAAAAGCACCGUCACCAAAGACAUCCUCAAAGAACCAUUCUGGUUGGACGCGGAACCAAAUGCCGUGGUGGUAGAGGCAGACGCUUUCAAAGAAAGCGACGUUGUUUAUAAAGCAAUUAACUCCAUGGGCUGCCCUGAUGACAUGCUUCAGACAUCGGAACUCGUACACCAAUCAUCGACGGACGCAGCAUCGUCAUUGUUGGUGACUGCACUAAAUGAAGGUAGAGACGUGAUCAUGGACGGUACUCUUGCAUGGGAGCCAUAUGUGAACCAAACGAUUGAGAUGGCUAGAAAUGUUCAUAAACACCGGUAUCGUAUGGGGGUUGGCUACAAAGUCAACGAAGACGGGACCGUCAUUGAAAAUUACUGGGAACAAGUAAGUCCAGAAGAAGAAGAACAAUAUGAUUUCGACGGGAUUGUCGAGAAAGAUCGAAAGCCUUAUAGAAUCGAAUUGGUUGGUGUUGUUUGUGACGCACAUUUGGCUGUUAUUAGAGGCAUAAGGAGGGCAGUUAUGGUUGGGAGGGCUGUGAGGGUGAACUCACAAUUGAAGUCCCACAAAAGAUUUUCAGAGGCUUUUCCCAGAUAUUGUGACCUUGUUGAUAAUGCCAGGCUCUAUUCCACCAAUGUAUUGGGGAUAUCACCGAAGUUGAUUGGGUGGAAAGAUGGAGAUAACAAGUUAUUGGUAGAUCCAGAAGAAAUCAAAUGUGUUUCAGUGACAAGUAAGUUGAAUGAGAACGCAAAUUCAGUAUAUGAGCUUUACCAAGAUGCAACCAAUGUUUUAAAUGAAAAGAGUUCUAUAUGGAAAGAAACUGUUUUGUCAUCUUCAAGGCCCUCUGUUCAGAUGGAGUUGAAGGCUUCUAUACAAAGCAUUGAAUCAAAAUAGCAAUGGAAAUGCUACAUUUCUCUUUGAUUAUAUUUCACAGAGGGUUUAGAUGAACGUACGUACUUUUCAAUCGUUGAUGCUGCGCCGUGCAUGUAUUUAGUUUAAAGUUAUUGUCUCGUGUGUUGAUGUGUGAAGAUGAUCUAAGAGUUUGAGUGCAUGCAAAAAGAGAAGAUGGAGUUGUAAAUUGUCGUACUUUGAAUUUCAAAUAUAAUCUUGAGCUUAGAACGUAGUUGUAAGAAACUGUGGAAGUACUAUUAUCAUUGUUGAAUGCUUAUCGAUGUACAACUUAAAUUAAAACUAUAUGAUGUCCUUAGUACAACAACUCUCCUUAGUUGUGGAGUUCUGAUGAAA